AGGCACUGGAAUUGUUAAGGACACUAAAUAGAAUCAAGAGAAUAGAAAAGAUGAUCAUAAUUAAUUCUAAUUAGUCACAUGAAGAAAGAGAAUUAAAUAAAUAAUCUAAAGGUGAGAGACUAUAAUCUCUAUAGUGAGAGUUGACUUUCUCUGGCAACCGAUUAUCGAUGUUAUCGAUUUUUUUUUGUUCUUUCAAUUUAAAAAUAUGAAUUCUUUUAAAAGGAUAAAAGAAUCGCGAUCAACAAGUCCAACCAAUGGGAAGAAUAAAAAAACCCGGGGUCUUGUUGGCGGGGAAUGAUGAUCAGCCCAAGGGAAGAAGAUGACAGAGGAAGGGAGAGACUCACGAAUUGGCGCUUAUUCACAAUAGAAGAACAUCUCUCUCUCUCUCUCUCUCUCUCUCAGUCUCUUCUUCUUUUAAUUUCCAUGUUUAUGUUUUAUUUGUUGUCCCAAUUUCCUUUUUUAAUUAACUCUACUUUUUGUCUUCCAUCUUGAUUGUCAUCUAUUCUUUACCUGUUCUGGUUAAUUGUUUUCUUUUCUCUUCUCUUUAGCUUGUGUUUUAUGUGCUUGUUGUCCAUGUGAAUUUGUUUUAAUCUCUCAUCUUAAUUUAAUUUUCACACUUUUGUUCACAAUCUAUUUUCCAUCAUGCCUGUUGAUGUUUUGGUUAAUCGGAACAAUAAUGAUCAUGGAAAUGAUAAUAUUGAACAAAUCGACCCUCAAGGUGUUCUCAAUAAUUACCAAAGGCAUGAUGUGAGCUCUGGUGGAGACAGAAAUGUUUUAUCAACUUCCAAUGUUAGACAAUCAUCGGUUUCUACAAAUCUUGAUGAAGAGAUAAUUAGACGACGUGGUAAACGAGAGAGAAAAUCUCAUAUAAUCACCAGAAGCAUGAACCCGAUUAUAUUGGCCACCCGAAAGUCACCGAUAAAAAGGCCAAGAGAUAAUUCAGUAACUUUGGAGAUGUUGAAGAUUUUCGGUGAUUUGUCAAAAUCUCCAAGUAAACGAACACCAGUUAAAAGACUUCGCACCUCACCGCCCUCAAGUCCUGGAAUGAUGACCAGAAAGCGUCUAAACAUGAGCUGCGAUUCAGGAAUCGGUUCACCAUCAAGCUCACCUUCAACCACGAAUGGAACCCGAAGUUCAUCAAACAAUAAAAAGACUCCAGUCAACGCUCCAAGUAGAGCCCGUCGAUCAAGAGCUCGUCGUAAUUUACGCAGAUUGUCCUGAAAUAUUCAUUAAGUUUCAUUCAUUUUUUCAUCAAAAUCCCCAUUCACCACCACCACCACCACCACCACCAUCAUCAUCAUCAUUACAUUUUCAUCGCCACCAAAAAAUCAAUUUCAUUUUAUAUUUAAUUACAAUCAAAACAAAGCUUAUUUUGAGCCAUUGAAAAAAAACUUUAAAAUCACAAAAAGACAAAAAAAUCAUGUAUAAAUUAUACUCAUCAUUUUUUAGCAAUUAUUAAACAAAAAUUACCUCUUAA